AUGGCGGCUCAGGACUUUAUUCGGGUAACAGCCAGUUGUCUUAGAGCAAAUUUCAUAAGCUACAGAGCUUGGUCAAAAAAGUUCAAAUGGUUGGUACCGGACCACUUUUUCGAAGGUGCUGAGAAGUUACUGUCGAUUUGGUUUACGACGGAAGAAGGAAAAGGCGAAGAGCACGGAGAUCUGAAGAAGAUUCCACGAGGGAAAUGGGAUGAGCUUGUCAGGGGAGUUGAUGCGGAAAUUUUGUCGGAGAUUGAGGAUGAAGAUGUAAGAGCGUUUAUUUUAUCCGAAUCAUCCCUCUUUGUGUUUGAGAACCGCAUUAUUGUCAAAACAUGCGGUACGACGCGUUGUCUCAAAGCACUAGAAUAUUCAAUCACGCUUGCCGCGAAGAUGUGCGGCCUCACGCGUCUUCAGGAUGUAUUUUACUCCAGACGAAACUUUCUCCAGCCAAAAGCGCAGGUCGACAUGCAUAGUAGUUUUUCAGACGAAGUAGGGUACUUGGACAAAUUCGUAGAAGGAGGCGCACCGUAUGUUAUGGGAAAAGUUAAUAUUGACUGCUGGUUCUUUUACACAAAAGUUCAACGGAGCUCCACUGGGGUCAGUAUUGGCCAGCCCGACCAGCGAUUUGAACUUAUUAUGAGCGAUCUUGACCCACAAGCGAUGAAGCAAUUCUACUACAGCUCCAACCAAACUGGACACGCGGCGACCCUUUCUUCUGGCAUUUCCAAGCUCAUACCUGGCGCUAGAAUCGACUCGCACAUGUUCCAGCCCUGUGGUUACUCCUGCAAUGCGAUCAUUCCUGGUGGAUUUUACUUUACGAUUCAUAUCACGCCGGAAACCGACUUUUCCUUUGCAAGCUUCGAGACAAACCAUCCAGAUGGAAAUCACGCGGGAUUUAUGGAGAAGGUCUUGAACAUUUUCAAGCCAGGGCAUUUGAUUGUCACGAAACUUGCGAACCAGCUGUCAAAAACAAAUGUGAUGUCCGACUUCCGCCUUGAAAACUACGACCUUCAAGAUCUCCAAAUCACGAAAUACCCAUGCUACGACGUUCACUACUCUUCUUACGAUGUCAGAAGCUUAGCCGACCAUUGUUGA